CCGGGGGACGCCGGGGUCGGGGCGUAGCGGCCGCCGCCCGCGAUGGACCGCGCCGGGAACGAUCUGGACUCGCCGCCGCAGGUGUCCACCUCGCAGGGCUCCUGACCGUGCCCCGGACAGCCACCCCUCUCAGACUCUGGUUGAGCUGGACUCCGCAAACCUGCUUCCGCAAUGGGUAACGAGGAGCUGUGGGUCCAGCCAGCCUUGGAGAUGCCGAAAAGACGGGACAUCCUUGCGAUCGUUCUCAUCGUACUGCCCUGGACGCUGCUCGUCACAGUGUGGCACCAGAGCACCAUCGCACCUCUGCUGGCCACGCAUAAGGAUGACGGCAGUGACCCCCGGCGCGAUGCACCGCCAGGCACCGACCCCAGGGAGUACUGCAUGUCUGACCGCGACAUCGUGGAGGUGGUGCGCACUGAGUACGUGUACACGCGGCCCCCGCCGUGGUCGGACACGCUGCCCACCAUCCACGUGGUGACGCCCACCUACAGCCGCCCAGUGCAGAAGGCUGAGCUGACGCGCAUGGCCAACACUCUGCUGCACGUGCCCAACCUGCACUGGUUGGUGGUGGAGGACGCUCCGCGCCGCACGCCGCUGACCGCGCGCCUCCUGCGCGACACCGGCCUCAACUACACACACCUGCACGUGGAGACGCCCCGCAACUACAAGCUGCGCGGCGACGCCCGGGACCCUCGCAUCCCGCGCGGCACCAUGCAGCGUAACCUGGCCCUGCGCUGGCUGCGCGAAACCUUCCCCCGCAACUCCAGCCAGCCCGGCGUGGUGUACUUCGCGGACGACGACAACACCUACAGUCUGGAGCUCUUCGAGGAGAUGCGCAGCACCAGGAGGGUAUCCGUGUGGCCCGUUGCCUUCGUCGGCGGCCUGCGGUACGAGGCCCCACGGGUCAAUGGGGCAGGGAAGGUGGUUGGCUGGAAGACAGUGUUCGACCCACACCGACCGUUUGCAAUAGACAUGGCUGGGUUUGCAGUCAACCUGCGGCUCAUUCUGCAGCGAAGCCAGGCCUACUUCAAGCUGCGUGGCGUGAAGGGGGGCUACCAGGAAAGCAGUCUCCUCCGAGAGCUCGUCUCCCUCAGCGACCUGGAGCCCAAGGCAGCCAACUGCACCAAGAUCCUGGUCUGGCACACACGGACAGAGAAGCCGGUGCUGGUGAAUGAGGGGAAAAAAGGCUUCACGGACCCCACUGUGGAGAUCUGAGCCCUGAUACAGGAGCCUCCUUCCCAGACCCUGUUCUUGGCCUUCCAUCCUCUCCCGACAGCUGAUGGUCCCUCCAAGGCAAACUCCUAAGGAAUCACCAUCACCCUCCUUUCUAUUCUGGGGGCUUCAGAGAGAGCCCAGCCUGAUGCCAGGACAAAGGACAGAGAACUUCAAGCACAGGAAUCCCAGACCUGCUGUUCUCUUCCAUGCAGCAUGACCAGGGGCACAGCUGCUAGCCAAGCCACACCAGCCAGUGAGCCGGUGCCCCAGUACGCCUCCCCAGAGCCUUCUGCACUGGCAGGGUCGUGGGAGCAGACACUGAGGGCACCCAAGCCCUGGAGUGACUCCAGGCUGGGAGGCAGGUGAAAGGACCCUGGUAGUGGAGUGUGGCCUCCUGAGCUUCCUGGUCCUGCGGCCCAGCACGACUACAUGGGACACCUGGCCAGGGAAUUCUGAAAGCCAGAGAGCAGCCCCCACCAGGCAUCGGGAACGCCCCCGUCCCCUCCCUCCCAAGUAGACAUACCUUUCCAGCUUUCCUCUGGCUCCUGUUUCCAGAGCAUAAGGCUGUCUUUGAUCCUAAGAGGCAACCAACCCUGCAUGAAG